CUGCUGUCAGCGAGUUCCAUACCUAAUAGCAUGUGAAGUUCGCCAAAAAGUGCCCAGCUGAAAUACAAAUCUUAAAAAAUGUCUGGUAAUUCACCGAGAAGAGCAUUAAAUUUACAGAGUGUGCUGAAAUAUUCGGUUGAACACACUACAAACACAGAAGCCGAUGCACAGCUAAGCACCGAUCUAGAUGAAGAGAAAAGUCGAUUCCUAGAGGGUGCACUUAAUUCACUCACAGUCGGCGCAUCGAAUGACUUUAAAACCGCAUUAGAAAUUCUAGACAGCCUAGCGACGAGUGUAGAGGAAAAGAAGGAGAGUCUGGAUCAUCUAAGGAGCCACAUUGAUGACAUCGAUCUGGCGAAUGCCCUGGCCAAAAUGGGCGGCACAAAGACUUUAAUCCGAUAUGUAACAGCGCCGCAAAGGGAGCUGCAGGCAUUGUCCAUUAAUAUUGUCGCUGAAAUGGCACAAAAUAACAUAUUUUGUCAGGACAUAUUCACCAAGGAUAAAUUCUUGCCUGCGCUUGCACGAAAUUUGAGUGAAGCGAAGAGUAAUGAGAAUAUAGUUCGGUGUUCCAUCUAUGCCAUCUCAUCGAUAAUACGCAGCUUUCCGCCAGGCAUGAAUGAGUUCAAGCGAAUAAAUGGUGUUAAGGCGCUACUGCCGUGCCUGAAGUCCGCCAAUUCAGAUGUCUAUAUAAAAUCAGCAUUUCUCAUAGCAUCCUUGUCCUCACUGGAUAAGUCGCUGAGAGAUGCUUUUGUUAAUUCCGACGCAUUUUCUAUGUUAAUGGAGAACGUGAAACCCAUCGAUGACUUUGAUGUGAAACAGGAGACCACCCUCCAUGCACUGUCCACGCUCUCAACGAAGACGAAUUUGAAACUGUCUGCGGAGAAACGCAAGAACUUGGAGCUUAUCUUGGCACAAGUAAUCUCCAACAACAAACAAAACGAAGAUUGUGAGGACAUAGUUAAUUAUGCAAAGGAAAUUUUGGACAACUUGAAUUGAAAGAGCACUGCCUUGCUCGAUAUAACAAUCACAGAAACGGUUAAAUAUAUUAAUUUAGUUGGUAGAAAUCUUAAAAGGGAUCACGCAAGAGUCUCGUCAAAUUGUUAAUGCAUUUUGGCUCAGUAUUAUUGGAAAUUUCAGUACAAGAUUAGCUGGAACAGGGCCUACAAGCUGAUCUACUGUCUCCCGGAAGUCCGCGCUCCAAUGGCAGUGGGUUGCGUAGUCUUGGAUCAACCAGUGAUCCACAUGAAUUGUGCGCUUGUUAGGCCGAUUACGUGGAUUGCAGUUUUGAUUUAAACUUACGAAACAUAUUCCUCUUGGAGCGCUGAUCCCCGUGCGACAGUGGACAGUUUGUAGGCUCCGUUCCGUAAUCACCUGUCUGUUCAUAAUGCAAUUUUAAACAGUACUGGGAUUGGCGAAACUCGAACUUGAGCUCCAAUG